AUCGUCGACGGCUUGAAUUCGACGGAUCUGCACGCGCGGCUCAAAGCGACACAGCACCUCCGCGCGAUGCUCUCAUCGGUACGCGUGUUCGGAUUCUUGAACCGACCGGUGCGUUUGGUCGUCGAUGCGGGCGUGGUGCCGCGGCUCGUGGAGUUCCAGCAGGACGAUACCGAUCUCCAGAAGGAAGCCUUGUGGGUGUUGACGCAAAUCGCGCUCGGCAGCGCUCAGCCGGGCGUAGCCGACGCCGUCGUCGAGGCGGGCGCCGUGCCCAUGUUCUGCCGGCUGAUGGGGACGGGCGACGAGCGCAGGGUUGGUCAGGUCACCUGGGCUCUAUGGCUAGUUCUGAAAUAUUCGCCCAAGAGCCGCGAUUUGAUGCUCGACCACGGCGCGAUGGAGGCGAUCGUCCAGCAACUCCGCGAGGGCAGUGCUCAGAGCAAAAAGCGAGACUUGGUCUAUGGAGCUGUGCGGCUGCUCUCGCAACUUUGCGCCGAGAUUGAGCUGGAGCAAGUACGACCUGCGGUAUCCGUUCUCGCGAAGCUUCUCUCUUUCCGCGACGACAAUUGUCAAGUUCAUUAUUUCGCUUGUCUAGGGCUUGCGCACGUGAGCCAUCUUGGAAGCAUCGAGCGCGCGCAGACCAUCAUCGACGCGGGAGCUUGCCCACGUCUCGUCGAGCUUCUCGGGCACCCGUCGCUGGAGGUGGUGUCGUGCGCGCUGUUCGCUGUGGGCAACAUAUGCUCAACCGACGACGAUAAUCAUGUGCAGACCAUGAUCGAUUUGUCCGUUUUGGCCCGGCUUUAUGCGCUCCUCUAUCACGAAGAUUUUGGCGCACAACGGGAAGCAGUCUGGAUAACCGGCAACUGUUGUGCGGGCAAUAUGGAACAGAUCCAGGCUGUUUUGGACUUUGCCGGCCUCGUCCCGCGAGUCGUCGAGCUCCUGGGCUCAGGGUCGCUCGAAGUUCGCGCGGAAGCCUCCUGGCUCAUGGUUACGAUAUCACGAGGAGGUUUGCCCGAGCAGGUCGAUGCGUUGGUCCAACAUGGCUGCAUCCCGGCGCUCUGCGAGCUGCUGAAAGUC